CUUCUUGUACGCGUUCAAGGUGCGCGAAAGACCCUUUUGAACGAGGAUCGCAUCAUGAGUGCCUGUCGCUUUUAGUAGCAAACGCGGUUUAUUUCACGUUUAAAGCCGUUUGGACUUUACCCUGCAGAUUCAUAAUAAAUGUAAGAUGGUUAUGAGCUGUUUUCUUUAUUAGACUCGAUAAUCUUUGGCAAAUGUAAAGUAGUGCUCCUCGAUAGACUUGGUCAGCAGUACGGAGAAUUCGAUCGAAACAACGAAAAUCAAACAAAACAGCUCAAACUCGUUAAAUUAAACAUUUAAUUCGCAAAAGGACACGAAUCUUGACACUGGAGGCAUGAAUAAGCGUGAAGGUAAGCCUAGCUUUCGAUUAAAUAGAAAAAACCUUGUUCGUUAAUGCCAACUGUUUGGAAAUAACUCAAAAAACCAACAACUUAAGAGCUAAAACUAACAGUUUAAAGCCUGCAUGUAUUAUUCAGCUGUUACUAGAAAAUUAUGGUUAUAAAAAUGGAAUUAUCUUCGUUUAAACUGCUAGUUUCAUGUUUCAUAAUGCAUCAACUGUUUCAAGGGGUGACAAGUCAGGACUGCAGAGAGGCCAGUUUAUCAGCAGGACUCUUCUACUACAGAGCCAUGAUACUGCUGCUUUAAUCUGCAGAAUACUGAAAUAUGCAAAGUCCUCAUUAGAAAAGUCAUUGUCUGGAUGGCAGCAUGUGUUGCUCCAAGCCUAAUGUCUCCUUCUCUGCCGUCCCUCCAGGUGACAGAGGUUCCCAGAGACACAGUGAAGCAGCGCAGGAUAAGGUUGUCAGCACCAACCCCUCCUCACCUGUAAUCGCUGCUUUCAGAGGUAAAAACAUGGUCCAUGUGUUAUCCAUCCAUUCAAUUAUUCCAUUCAAUCUAGUAAACGAAAAAACGAGUUAAUAUUUUGUGUAGUUGUUUUUCUGUAUAACCCAAAAAUAUAAAAAUAGUGUUUGUUUUUGUAUUUUCAGUUCAAAACAGAAUAUAUAAUAGACCCUUGUUUCUUUAUUUUCAGUUUUCCAGCAGGAGUUGGACACCAAACAUGACAAAUAUGAGCGCCUUGUUAAACUCAGUCGAGACGUCACAAUCGAGAGCAAGAGGACUAUUUUUCUUUUACACAGAGUCACCAGGUAAAUUUAUUGAUUUGAUACAGUUUACACAGGAAAAUAGUUGUAUUUUUUUUUAUUACAUUUAAGCUUUAGCUCCAUUUUAGUGGAUCUGUUUUUCUGUUUUAAAGGAGCUUGAAGAGAGCUCAUGAUUUUUACCAAAAAGUAGUACUAAAAAGCUGUUGGUAUAAUGAGCAUCAGUAAAAACACUCCCACGGCAUAAAUCUUUAGGUCAGUGUGCAACAGUGUUUAAAUGUUUGAAGGAGAAGUAUAAUAAAGACAUUUAACAUUAAUUGAAAUGUUCAGAAAUAAUUAUAAAUUUCUGUCUGUCGAAAAAAUAAAAAAAUAUGACUCUAACGAUUUGAAGACCAACUUAAAAUACUGGAAAACGUACAUUAAUAAUGUUUUACUUUCUCCUGUCUCUGGAUUUAAAAGUGUACCAGACGCAGAGGAGAUCCUGAAGGAGGCAGACGUGAAACUGGAUGGAGUUCGGCAGAAAAUCGGUCAGAUUGCUGAAGAGCUGCAAGGAGAGGACAUCCAUCAGUUUCACAGAGCUUUCACACCAGGUCAGUUUCUGUAAAUCUUUUCUUUAUUUGCCCAGUAUAACUGCAGUGUUUUUUACAUGUUGUAUAAGUGUGGAUGUAACAAACUGUAAGUUAAGUUAUUCAGGAAAAAAAACAGUCAGCAUACUGUUGCCAAAAAAAUAAAAAAAUAAUAUGAAUGUUUUUUUACUAUUGAAUCCAAACCCCAGUUUCAAUAGAGUUAUGGCACUGUGGAAAACAUCGCUGAAAACAAAUUUAGAUGAUUUGAAAAUAUUUUAAAACCUUUGUUUGUCAGAAUUUUACAGUUUCCUGGUUUUGGGCAAGUGGCUCACAGGGAGAGUCUGUCUUCUCUCAGUUUAAAAGGUCAGGGGUUAAAUCCCUGGUUGACCACAAAUCCGCCCCAAUCACUUACUGUGAAUAUUACUUAACACUGUUGACACUCGCUCAAGUUUAAAGGCAGCCUUUUAACUUGAGUAAUGUAGAUAGGAUGCAGAAGUGCUAAAAACUGCAGUUCUUCGUGUGUCCACUUGGGGCUGGCAGCAACAGCACCAGAAACCACAUACACACUCAUCCCACAAAAAUAAACAUGUUUACUGUCCCGUACGAAAACAGUUUAAUCAGAUCAUUUCUCUAUAAACACACAAUGUUAAAAAUAGGGGUGGGAGAAAAAAUCGAUACAGUAUAGUAUCGUGAUAUUUUGUCUGGUGAUAUGUUGUAUCGUCUCAUUAACCAAGUAUCGAUUUUUCAAAUUAAUUGCUAAUAUGAAGAUAAAUCUAUGAUAAUGGAAAAAAUAGAAUCAACUGUUUUUCUACUGAGGUUGGCAGAGGAUACAGCAGGAGAAAAUUAGUACAACAAAUAUAUAUAUAUAUUUUUUUUUAAGGUUUGCAUGAAAAAAAGAAACAGUGUACAUAAGACAAACAAAGGAAAGCCAAAUGCUAAAUUAGCUAAACAUUUAUAAAUAGCAAUAUAUUGUAUCAAAAUACUCACUGUAUUGCAAAAUGUUAAAAAUCGCAAAAAUACCGUAUCGUGGGGCCACUAGUGAUUCCCAACCCUCGUUAAAAAUAAGAAGUAAUGAAUCUAUUUAACGCAAAAACUUCAGAUAUUUGCUGUUUUUUGUUUAUUAGUGUGUUAAUUUGUCAAAUGAGCAAGACAUUGUUAUACGCUCUAUCUAUCUAUCUAUCUAUCUAUCUAUCUAUCUAUCUAUCUAUCUAUCUAUCUAUCUAUCUAUCUAUCAAUCAUUUCUCGUAUGGAUCUAGGUUUCUAUAUUAUUGUUUGUUUGUAUGUAGGUGAUGUUGUAUUGUUUGUGUUUGUGUAGUACGUGUUGUUGUUAUUUGUGCUUCAGAUGUUUGGUAAAGUCCCUGUUGGUGUGAGAGCGUGACCUUGAUGCAGGCCGUGAUCUGAUAGACACACCCUCUGAUAAACAUGUUUUCCCUCCAGCAUCUCUAUCAGUGUUUGUUAGCGUAGCCGAAAUGUCUGCAGAGUUUGGAGGAAAACAUUACUGUGAACGAGGCUGAGCUGUUAUCUGGCAGCUGGGGAAGUCAUUUUUAGAUUGUGGUCACUCAGGAAUCACCGCUGCAUCCUCCGCGACGUGACCAGUGGCAGUUCCCAACAAUUAGACGCUUCAUUUUUUUCCAUUUUUAUCAUCUUUAUUAGAUUGAGUCUGGGCCCGCUGCACAGGCUCUGCAGAUAAACUUGGCUGGACGUGAAGUCUCCAGGCAUGUGUAAUGGCUCUGCUCUUCUUAUAAAAGCUACUUUAAAGAUACUGAGGGCUAUAUCUGAACGUAAUUGCCGUUGAUAACAGGGCAGCGCGGCUCUUUGAAAAGCUCUUUAGCUUGACCCAGCUAGCUGCCAUGAAACACCCUGGACAUAAUGUACUGGUGGAGCUUUUUUCCCAGGGUUCACCUGCAACUCAGUGUCCUGCUCUGUGGUCAAACAUUAAGCUCACUGUCUACUACGACAUGACAACCGUUCAUGUGCUACCAUGCAAACACACGCUCAGCCUUUGACUUUUCCAACCUGCUGUACCAAUAACAUCUUGAAUUUUCCGGUGGGUUUUCCUCGAGUCAUUGUUUAGAUGUAAAAUAUUUCUUUCAGGGUCUCAGUGACCAAAGGUAGCUUCUGCCUCAGAGUAAACACGAGCCGCUCCUGGCAGUAAACUCAGGAACUGAACUCCGCCUGCUGCCUCAAAGCCUGUGUAACCUUUUCAUGUCAUAUCCUGUCCGCCCCGAACACUGCUGGUGUAUUCUCUCUGAAACAUGGUCACAGCUGUGGAGCUGCAGUUAUCAUUUUCUAGAAACAGAGUCAGGUUCUCACAGAGUCACCGAGUCAGGGUUAAGGCUGGAAAACUUAAAGCUCCUAUAAGAAGUUUUAAUGAAACAGACUAAAUUCAUAUUGAUACCUUUUCUAGAUGUAAACGAGACCAUCAGUGACAAGAUUUAGGAUUUUUUACAUCGAAGGUUUUAAGUCUGAAACCAGUGCGAGGGGGUUGGUGUAACACGAGCAACUUAAUGAAAAGAAAGCCCAGUUUUUACAAUGUCUACAUAACAUAUUCAAAAUUUAAUUGUCCAAAGUCAGGAUGAUUUUUGUGACAAUCACUACUAAGAAUAUCGGUUCCUCACAAGAGCUCUAAGUAUCAUAAAAACAGGAGUAAAAAUCGAUUAAAGAGCAAAAAGUUCAACAGUAAAAUGCAUCUUUUUUUUAACAAUGUAAAUCUGUAUCAACUUAAAGCUCCUGUGAGGAGUUUUUGAAUGAUCUUAAAACAGACUCAUACUGAUAUUGAGGUCUUCUCUUAGUUUACAGAAGCAAACAACACCAUCGGGUUUGUUAAUACCACAUUAAAUCAUAUUUUUUAUCCAGACUACCACCUUUUUUAAACUGUUUCAGGUAUUUUUUUUAAACUUAACCUCAAAAACUUGACGUGGUUACUAUAAUAAAUCAAAUAAAUGUAGCUUUGCUGAGUUUGGGCACCAAGAAUUACUUUAUGUUUAGGAAAACAAAUUUGUUCAGUCCAAAAUGAAAAAAGCAAAUUGAACAAACUAAAAGUCAGGAAAAUAAACUAGUAAGAAAGUGCCAGGAACUGCAGUUCCUCAAAUCUCCACUAGAUGGUGGCUCCAAAAGAGAAUCACCCCCAUUAAGCCCAAAGUACAAAAACGUUUUGAUCUCUCUAACUAACUUUUCUAUUCGUGACAACUUUGAAAUUAUUAUUUUUCUGUGUGUGUUUUACUACUAUGUCUACAUUAAAUAUUUUUAAAUGCGUGUAAUUAGGGGCGUGGUCUCUUUGAGUGACAGGUGGGAGCUGCUUGUUGUCUGCUAGGUGUUACCUCAGCUAAAUCAGUGUUUGAACUUUACCUCUGGGCUGUGAAUGUCAAGUUUUUAAUCUAGAUAAGACUGGUGUCCAUUUUUUACACUCAGUUAAAUUCAAACAUUGUUUUAUUUUUAUUUAAAGCAUUAAUAAGCAGUUAUCUGUGUCUGUGCUUCAGCCUAUCAUCCUGAUAAAGUCACUUGAGGCUCCUGAAAACCCUGGCACAGCAAAAUAGCCAAACUCCAGGCUUCAAAAAGACAGUCAACAAACAAACGGGUGACGUCUUGGUUACUUCAUCAGUUAUUUAUACUGUCUGUGCACACAACGCACUGUACUUCCCUCUGCGUACAAAGAGAGCUGUGUUGUUAGCUCAGCUAAAACCAACAUAGACGUGCUGUGAAUGUGAAAUCAAGUUGACUUACAAGCAGCAGAGAAGAAUAAAAACAUUUAUUUAAGCAGUGCUGAAUUAAAAAUACAAAAAUCUCUCCUGAAGUGACUGAGCUGCUUUUACUUAGUGAGGAAAUGUUCAUGAGCUGUUCAGUUUCUAACCAGAACAGUCGCCCGGUCCACUGGGUUUGUGAAUCCUGCUGCAGUUUGGUCUAAAAAGAGUGAAAGUGAUCCAGAGAGCUGCAGAGAUGGUCCCUGCUCUCCUCCUCCUCCUCCUCCUCCUCCUCCGCUCUCUGCAGCGCUCUGCGGCGAGCUCCGCAGAGAUACGAGCCGCUUUGAAGUCGGAGUGCAGCUCUGAAAGCAAACUUCAGACACAAAGUCUUCCGUCCUGUGAUUAUUUGAUUGUUGUUUGCUCAGGGCCAGAAAACAAACGAGGGGUCAUCUCAGCCCAAUACAGAAAAAAAUGGCGACUGUUGUUCGAUGAAGACAGUGAGAGGAAACAGGUUUUAUUUGAAUCAUUAUCUGCAUCUGUGAUCUGUACUAGUGUGCAGACACCGUGGACUCUUUAAACACACUGUUACUAUUCUUAAAUCUGUCGCUCCUUUUAUAUCACAAGUGUUUCUGCAGCGUGCUUUGAAUUGUCCUGUUGAUCAGAUAAAAUCCUCACAAUAGCUUUAAUGUAGUCGAAGGACCUCAGCUAUGAACUCGGAGUAUUACCGUUGACUUAAUUGAACUCUAAAUGAAUGAACUGAAGGGUUACAGCAGGAGAGACCAGCUGGACUGCAGGGACAGAGCUUCAGUUUGAAGGAAAUUUAGUAGGGCUGGGACCAUAUGCUUUUCUCCUGAUUUGAUUCUUCUACGAUUUUUGGGAUGUCGAAUUGCGAUUCUACGAUAUUGUUGAUUUUAUUGUCGAUUUUUAGUCUGCAAUUUUAACACCAGUGUAACAGUUGAAUGAUUAUUGUGGGAGUAAAUCUGAUUUUGAAUUUGAAUUUCUAAAGCUGAAUUUUUUUGCAUCAAAAUCAAACUUUGAAUUUCAAGCAUGCAUUUUUAUUUCUGACACUUAUUUUUUCACAAUUCAACUUUAGAAAUUCAAAUUCAAAAUCAGAUGGCACAGAUUUACUUCCAUACAGUAUGACUGUCUACUGACUACUCCAGGAACCAUAUUUCCCCUAAAAGUACACAUCACAUGUGAGUCAGUUUUUAAGAUUUAUUCUUAAAUUUGAAAAAAAAAAAAGUUUUUUGAACAUAAAAAUCAAUUUAAAAGGUUUUAAAACAAAAGAUCACGAUACUUAUGUAAAUCGAUUUUUUUCUCCCACCCCUAAAAUUUUGAGUUGCACAACAAUACCAAAAAGAUAUCUGUGUCAGAAGAUAAUAGCUUAUAUCUGUAGAUAUAAAAUUCUUGCAGAUGUAACAUGCGUUCAUUUUAAUAACCAGCCUAAGUUAGUCAGAAAAUAUCGGCAUAUCAGAGAUCUGCAAAAAUCUAAUAUAGACAUGACACUUUGAGCUGCAUGUGUUGAUUAAAAACUGAUAUAUUGAUACUAAUAAUGAUAAAAAUCAUUAAAUAAUAAAAAUGCAGCUGCUCCAGUAGGAUAUUUAAAUGUUUUUCUCUUUGUCUAAUGUUCAUAUUUUCUCCGUCUCUUUCAUGAAUCAGGUAUCCAGGAGUACGUAGAGGCCGUCUCGUUCCUUCAUUACGUCCGACACCGCAGCCUCAUCAGCCUGGAAGAGAUCAACGCCAGACUGGUGUUCAUGAGAGCAGAGAAGGUACAAGGAUGACACUUCUCAGCAGGGAGCUUCUUCACUCCAGGGUUUAUAAAUCUGAACCAGUUAACGUACCACCCAAACAUGACCUCAGGUGUUUUUGAGGUCCACAGUAGAUCUGACUCCAUCUCUUCACUUCAGGGUUCAGCUGAAGUUCCCCCCCAGGGCACCCAGGUCCUGACCUUCCAGGUGACCCCCUCAGACUACCUGCUGGGCGUGGCCGACCUGACCGGGGAGCUGAUGCGGUUGUGCAUCAGCAGCGUGGGCAACGGCGACAUCGACACGCCCUUCCAGCUGAGCCAGUUCCUGCGGCAGAUCCACGACGGGUUCUCCUACAUCGGGAACACGGGACCUUACGAGGUGUCCAAGAAGCUGCACACGCUCCGCCAGAGUCUGGGGAAGGUGGAGGACGCCUGCUACACCCUGCGAGUCCGCGGCUCUGAGAUCCCCAAACACAUGCUGGCUGAUGUUUUCUCCAGUCGGAGCACGCUCAUCGACCCCGAGGAAGGGGUGGUUUGAUUUCUACACCUCAUCAGUGUUUUUUUCUAUGUUCUCUUUGUCGUUUUCUCCGGUUUCAUCCUGUGUGUGUUUUAAUGUUUGAUAUGUUUGCGGGUUAAAUUUCCAUUAUUACAAUAAAAGCUCUGUUAUAAUAGACAAUGGAUUUAUUCUGUGAUAAAGAUCUGAUGACUUCAGUUUCUCUGCAUGAAUAAAAGUUCUGUGCCAAAUCUGCCAGA